UCAUGCUGGGAUCACAGAUGAGGAAAAAACAAGAUGAGUCUUGUUACAGCAGCCAUUUUGUUUGAGAGCUCAGCUGAAUGACACAAAGAUUUACGCUGGUUUGUUUCCAGCAUUCAUGUUUUCCCUCUAACGAUCUGAUUAUUUGACUCAGGAGUGUUGAACCGUUUCCUGUUCAGUGAAAUCUUUACCUCUUUUGUUCCAACCACAGAAAGUCCCUCCUGUUCUCAGCACUUCUCGUUUCUCAGCCUCCAGCUGUUGACCGACUCCAAUCAUCGACCGAAGAUGCAGGACUGGCUGGCAAGUUUUCCUCUGAAGAAAUUCAGCAUCUUUGUCGUCCUGAUCGUGGCUUUUGUCUACAAUGUUCUGUUUGAGGGGGACGUGCCGUGCACCUGUAAAGAUCAUACUGAUCAUAUUCUUAACUGCGCUUUGUAUAUUGUUUUACCAUUUUUAAUUAUUUUUUUGUUGAUGAUAUGGACCAACGACACUUGUUUUAAAACCUUUAGAUUAAAAUGUACCCGUAGAUGUCCAUGUGGAAGAAACAGUCAGGACCAGAACAAUGAAAAUCAAAACAAUGAAAAUCAAAACAAUGAAAAUCAAAACAAUGAAAAUCAAAACAAUGAAAAUCAAAACAAUGAAAAUGAAAACGAUCAGGACCAGAACACCAAUAACCCCGUACCAUGUUGUUUUUUUUGUGAAUUAAUUUGUUGUCCCAUUUUCAAAGCCUUUCUUGUUAGUGUGCUUUGGUUUGUGUCRGUGUUGAUUGAUGGAGAUUGGUUUGUCUGCUGUUGGAAUAACGGUUCAGUACCAACGUUUGCCUGYAAAGAAGAAAACAACCUCACAGCCAACGAAAAGGUGAACAUCACAUCACUGAAAAAUAAAUCCAGGUAUGUGGGCUUCGGUGGAGUCCUCGGGGUUCUUGUGUUACUAAUAACAUUCAAAGCAUUUGAUUGGAAGAAAUGCUUCAACUUUAACAGAAAGAGGAUCUAUUACGAGAUGGUUGUUGAAGAGAAUGAAGAGGUUCUGGAAAAUAAAUUAAGAGAAUGUGCAAAAGAUGAUCUGGAUAAAAGAAUCACAGAGAAAAUACAGCAAGACAAAUGGGAGGAAUGUUUUGAGGUGGCUGAAGAGAUGAUUAGAAAGGGCUGCCGACCAAAAGUUAUCAAAAAAUCAGAGCAGCAACAGGAUCGACAACGAGACCAGCAAACGGGACCGGCAAACGAGACCGGCAACGGGAUCAACGACCAGACAAGAAACGGGAUCAACGACGACGAGACCGGCAACGGGAUCGACAACGAGACCGGCAACGGGAUCGACAACGUCGAAACCGGCAACAGGAUCGACAACGACGAGACCAGCAAUGAGAUCAACGAGACCGGCAACGGGAUCAACGACCAGACAAGAAACGGGAUCAACGACGACGAGACCGGCAACGGGAUCAACGACGACGAGACCGGCAAUGAGACCGGCAACGAGACCGGCAACGGGAUCAACGACAAGACCGGGCAGCUAGACCCAUAUAAUUUAUGCCGUUUAACUUGAACCACCAUAUUAAACGUGACCAACAUUG